AUGCAGAAGCCAAUUUGUAGCUCUAAGGCGGUCAGCCUUGGCCAGGAUAGCCGGACAGCAUCUAACAACGCUUAUCAAAAACGUCUGAGAGCGGGGCUGCGGGAGCUCAUCUGUACUCGAGGAGUGAAUGUUCCUAUUGCGGCUGCUGGCCCGGUCGCAAGGUCAGGCCACAGACACGAAGCGCAUGCUUUAUCUACAGAUCGUGGCACGGGUGUGCGUCUGAGCCAGUGUCAGGCAGUGCACACAGCUAACAGGUCUCGAUUAGGCGUGUCAAAUGUGAUGGGCAGAAGCCGUUUUGCCCGUGCUGCGUCGCGCCCGAUGGAUGCAGGGCUAUCUUAUCCCAUGAUGCCUUGA